UACUUUUUUGCUUGUCUCUUCAAAUUUGUUGCAUUAAAUACCAGAAAAAUGAAACGUGUUGUUUUUUUAAGGAGGGACAUUAGAAAAUAUGGUGUUAAAACUGAUGGAUCAAAAAUAUGACAAGUUGUAACCCAACAGAAAAGUCUUGAUACUAAGAUUACCAAUAUAAAUUCAAAGUAGAGGAGAAAUUUUAACACUGAUUACACUUAUUAUAAUUCUUGAUAAUGUUGCUUAAGAUACCUGCUCUUUUUAUUACUUAAGAACUUACUAAUAUUUCCUAACAUAUGUUUAUAUUACUAUGAAGCUAUGGGUACAUUAUCCUCUGAUCCCUUAGCUAUCAUCUACAGCCAGAUACCAUCAGCUUCUCAACAUUUUAAACAAAAGGUGCAACCCUGAGCCACUGUUCAAAAAUGAGUAAAUAGAACUGUAGAUUUUAAAAUUCAUAUUUGCAUCUACUGAAAAAGAAAGAUGAACUGUCUCUGACAGUUCCUCUUUUUUGACAAACCAAUCAAAGACAAAGUGAAGAAGAGCUUUUUCCAGCUAAGAAGCGUUAGUAAACUGUACAUUCAAACAAAGGACUUUUUGAAAGUAAGUCAUAUCUUUUGCUUGGAUUAUUAUAACUCUAUGUAUACUGGUCUUAACAGAACCUUAGUUCAGAUAUGGGAAGAUCAUCUACAUAAAGAAGAUGGAGGAUUAGUUACAGCAGAGCAACAUCACAGAGUUUCGGACAAGCUUGAAAACAGUUUCAGGUCACAAACCAAAGUCCCAGGCUCCAGCUAUUUCUGCUCGAUUGGGAAUUGGAACAGGAGCAUCACAGGAUUUUUUUUUCAUAGAGUGACUGACUCACUGAGAAAUCUUUAACAUGCUGUUAAACAAAAGGUUUCUUUUUGUCUUGAUGGCAAUAAUAAUUGGGACACUGGUCCUGAUAUCAAUUAAAUAUUGCAUUGGGGCUCCGGCACCACAAAAGAAGAUUUGCUCAUUCCCACUGGAUUUAGCUCCAAACUCUGUUGACGACAUGUACAACGGCUGCGAAGAUGAAAUGGGAAAAAGAGUGGCCAGUUUGCUAAAUACGGAGAAAAAGGGUGAAUUUAGAGAGGCUUGGCGUGCAGCACAAAAAUGCUACAGCAAUAAUUGGGCAACCACCACCUCAAGGCUGAAGAAAGAACAAAUCAUGGCUAUUCAUGCUUAUACCUUGGGAAUGCCGCCAAUAUACGAUAAGUUCAAUAAGGCAGUCCGAACACAAAAAUCUGGGUACAAAACCAAAUUUCAAUAUCAUGCACUACACUUCUACCUCACCAUGGCCCUACGCUCCCUUAAGCACAAUGCACCACAAUGUGUCAAGACUUAUCGGAGAACCAACUGCAAAUUUGAAACCGAGAUCAACAGAGAGAUUCGCUUCGGUGGCUUUACCUCCAGCUCAGAGGGUGGUUAUCCUUCUCCUCAUUUUGGCGACCAAUCAUGUUUUGAGAUUACCACCUGCUUUGGAGCAGACAUCUCAACGUUCUCUAUGUUUGAAUGGGAAAACGAGGUCCUGAUCCCUCCGUAUGAGGUUUUUAAGGUAACAGACAUACAGAAAAGAUCUGGGAAGAAUUUCCUUCCAUGCCAGGUUGUCUACAAACUGAAGAGCACAAGAAAAACACGUUCCAGUUUAAACUGUGCUCUCACCAAGUCAGGUUUGUGAUGAAAUGUUCCCCCCAAAAAGCAGCAUUGUGCAAAGUUAGACAUAAGUCAGGUAUAGUCUGCCCAAUUUUAGUUUUAUAAGUAAUUACCGUAAAUAUAAUCAUAAGAAACAUACAAGACUGAAUAAUUCACAUUAGGAAACAGUUUCAAAAGUAAAACAAAUUUUAUAAAAGGGACAUCAAAUAUUUGUUAGUCUUACAAUUAUUAACUUUAUGUUCACUUUCCUUUUCUAAUUCAAAGUAAUCCUAAACCCAUGCGGCUGUGCUUUUCUUUGUCACUACCCAUAAAGGCAGACUGAGAUUUGUUUUAUGGAAGUCCAAACAUGCACAAAAUAAAGAAGUCAUAUAAUUAUUACUUAAAUUGUUUGCAACAUAUAUUAAUUGCUAACCUUGACUGAACAAUUUCACAAUUAAUUAUAAAAAAAAUAAUGUUUUGAUUAAAUUCCUGAUAUUUAAUUAAUUGUUGAUACAUUAAUUUAUACAAUUCUGCUUCCAUGUUAUCAAUGACAUUCAUAAAUAAUCUAAUAAUAAUAAUGAUUUCUGUAUUUAUUACAUUUUGGCACUUAUAAACUCAAUAUAUUGCUGAAAGCAGAUCAUUCCUCCCCACUGUCACUUCCUGCUUGCUCAAGAUACUAACCUGACUGCUCUAAGCAAAUAGUUGUUUCUGUUUGAGAGAAAAAAUAUUAACAACUGCCAUAAAAUAAUAAUCUGUAUUUGAAUAUUUUAAACUGCAAUUUCAUUUGAACUUUACUGAAUGUGUAACUGAAUCUGAAUCUGACUGAAUUGUAUUGGACAAGUAGGAUGUGAUAAUGAAUACAUUUGACUAUUUUAUAUUAGAUAUUUAUUGUGAAAUGGUUCUAUAUACAUGUACUGAACUGAACCAACAAUCUAAAAAAAGACAAAAGAAAAUAUUUCAUAGCUGGUAUUAAUUUUUCUCUACUACUGUUAUAUUUCCUGUUUGACUAUUCUGUUUGAAUAAAUCUCACAAGAAUGCAUGCUCUUUUCUGGAUGUGUUUGUUUUAUAAUUGAAUCAUGUUCUGGUUUUUAAUAUGUAAACGCUUCUGGUUAUAUCUGUAUGCUGAAUGCAAAUUUAUUUCAAAUGUCUUGGUUGAGAUCAUACUACGAUGACUUGUCAUUAUUUUAAGAUUUGUCAUAUUUUGCCAUAAUAAAGUUAAAUUGGUUGGAAUAAACUUA